GAGAGGAGGGUGGCAUGUGCAUGAGUGAAUGAUGAGUAGGAAGGGAGGGAAAGAAAGAGAGAAGGGGUCAGACACUAACACAUAACUUGUCACACACAGCGUCAGAGCAGAGAGGAUAUAGCCGCAUAGAACCAAAGCCAGCACUAUCAUUAGACACUGAAUCAGGAGUAUAGCAUUGGAUACUAGCUGUACUGUGCUACCUAAAGCUGGAGACAUACACUGUGUGUGGAAGAGAGUCUGUGCAUGUGAACAGAGAGAACAGCACAGCGUGAUACAGCCCCGGAUAAGUGUGCCGUUAAUGAGAAGAGCUGGGGAGAAUGAGUCUUGACCCUGUUCAGGUCAUGAAGAGGCAAGACUCCUUGCCCAAAACCUGCCCGUCAGCCUCAAACGGUGAUAGCAAAGCAUCCUGGGACGACAGCAAGGAUAUCCAUGAAAAUGUGGGUUCAACAAAGAAGCCCAAACCAGGAGCUGUGAGACGGGCCAGGAAGGUGGAGGGAGGCAUAUUCUUUCCCAAACCAGAGAACGCGGUCACCAUUGCUGUGUCGUCGAGGGUUCUGUUCCACACAGAGAAAGAGCAGAAGGUGUUUGAGCAACAAGGAAUAGAGGAGUACCUCAGGUAUCAGGUGGAGCACGAAAAUGAGCCCUUUGCUCCUGGCCCAGCAUUCCCAUUGGUUAAGGCACUGGAGGCAGUAAAUAACCACUUGCGGGAGCUCUAUCCAGAAAGCGAGGAGCUUUUUGAUAUUGUGCUAGUUACCUACAACCAUGCUAAUGUAGGCAUCAGACUUAUCAACACCAUCAACUACCACAAUCUAUUCAUUGAGCGGUUCUGCAUGACAGGAGGUAGCAGCCCCACUGGGUACCUGAAAGCGUGGCAUACAAACUUGUAUUUGUCUGCCGAUACUGCAAAGGUUCAGGAAGCCCUUUCUGAAGGGAUUGCAGCAGCCACCAUGUUUAUGUCAGAAAAACAAAUUGAGGUGUCCAAGACCCAGUUGAAAGUGGCAUUUGAUGGUGACGCUGUUCUUUUUUCUGAUGAAUCUGAGCGUAUUUUUAAAGCCCACGGCCUGGACAAGUUCUUCGAGCAUGAGAGGGAAAAUGAAAACACAUUGUUAGAUCAUGGGCCACUGAAAGGUUUCCUGGAAGUGCUCGGGAAACUUCAGAAGAAAUUCUAUGCUAAAGGCCACCGUCUGGACUGUCCCAUCCGCACCUACCUUGUGACGGCCCGCAGCGCAGCCAGCUCAGGCAUCCGUGCCUUAAAGACUCUCCGUGCCUGGGGACUAGAGAUAGAUGAGGCUCUUUUCCUGGCCGGGGCACCAAAAGGCCCCAUGCUGGAGAAAAUCCGGCCCCACAUCUACUUUGAUGACCAGAUGUUUCACGUGGAGGGCGCUGUAGAGAUGGGUGCCAUUGCCGCCCAUGUGCCCUAUGGGAUUGCACAGAAAUACCCUCAUAAAAAAAGCACCAAUACAGGAAAAUAACAAAGAAAGGGGAAAAUAUGGCACAUUAUGUUUCCUAUUUUGGAAGCGAUGUUUAAGUUGCAAUCAUUUUUAUUUUGUAAACUCGGUUGUGCACUCAUUGGAUCAGGACCUCGGUAUUCUCUUGGCCUUUUUCUAUGUGACCUAUGCAAGGACACACACAACAUUUAACCAGCUAAAGAUUCAACCCAGUGUUGUUCCUCUGCACUGCUUCAGCAUCAGUAAUUCUGUACAUGACUUUUGAAAUAUGCAUUAUGAAUGAAAUUUGACCAAUGUGCCUCUGUUGAAGCACUGCAAUGAACGGCCAUUUUCAUCUAAGCAUAUGUUUCUCAGAGAUAGUUUGUCGAAAUAUACAUGACAUCAACUUACUGUUAAAAUGGAACGGGUGCUGCUAUUCUUAUUUGUAAAGUGAAUAUGUAAAAUGACAGAGGAAAAGGAGUCAUAUUGAAAGGGUGAUUACACAGUGUGUGUUUUGAACUGCACUGUAUAAUUCAGCAUUGGACUGUGAUGGUGUUCGUGGUUAUUACUGUAGAUGGUGUUGAGCAAAACUACAGUAUUCUUUCAUGUAAUCUAAUGUAUAUGGUCGCAUAUAAUGGAUGGAAUGUUAGUCUGUAAUGUAAUGUUAAUAAGAAGCCAUAAUAUUUUAUGAGAGGAUGAAAUACUCAGAAUCUAUAGAAAGCCAUGAGUACAGAAUGAUAUAUUUAAAGUGAUAACUGUACUUUUUUGUUUUCUCAUCUGCAUUCAAUAUACACUACUGUUUAAAAGUUUGGGGUUAUGAAUAUUUUUUUGAAAGAAAUUAAUAAUUUUAUUCAGCAA